UUAACCAACUGCCCCGUUUUCCGUCGUCGAUUGUGCGUGUUCGUAGUUCCGUAGGUCGAUAAUUGGUGCUUUUUUCCUACUGCCUGUUGGCAGGAAUGUGUUAACGCAGUAAGCAUGUGGAAUACUUUCUAAAACCAAAACAAACCAAACCUGCUUUGCUGCUGGGUUGGUGGUCGGGUUGUACGUGUGACGACAAUAGUGCCCUCACAGUUCUCCUUUUGCAAGCAUUAAAAUGGGGCUGUUUGCUAGCAGACAAAAUGCCACCGUCGAGGAGACCGAUGUGAGCCUCAACCAUCUGUACAAGUAUCCACCGCGGUCGGGCAACUACUUUGGAACGCAUUUCAUAAUGGGCGGCGAAAGGUUCGAUACACCGCAACCAGAAGCGUAUCUGUUUGGUGAGAAUGCGGAUUUGAACUUUUUAGGAUCCAAACCUACACCCUUUCCCUACCCACCGCCACAAGCUACGGAACCAACGAAAACAUUAAAGAGUCUUGUAAACAUCCGCAAAGAAUCGGUUCGGUUCGUGAAAGUACUUGACGGUGGUAACAGUGUCAAACCGAUUGGAUGUACGGCUGGCACCGAUGGAACCGGAAAGACUAAUCCAACGAACAACGGUAGCAUCACCAACGGUUACAACAUUGAAUUCAUCUUCGAUGCUGACUCCGCUUGCCAGAUUACCAUCUACUAUUUUUGCAUCGAGGACAUCGGACCGGGUGGACUGAAUUACAUCUCGCGCGAUUCCUCCAUGACGUCGGAAACUUUUCACUUUCAGCGCGGUGUGAACCAACUGUUUUCUGCACCCCAUCACAUCAUCUACCCGGCAAUGUACGCGGAGGACGAUCUAUCGUACAGUCCCGAAAAGGAAACGUUUCCGGUCGUCAUUCAUUGUGUGGUCGGCGAGGGUAACAGCACCACCGCAACCCUGAAUAACGUCGGCAACAAUACGACCAACGGAGCCAACACUACCAUCUCUUCCACCGCUGGCACCGGUGGAGAUAUUGCCGAUGGGAACGGUAGCCGCCAGUCGCAUGCGACGAUCUGUGUCAUCGAUCACCAUUCCGACGGAACGUAUGCGCUGCGGGCACUGAAGCAAAAGAUUUUCGUCGAUGGAUUGUACUAUUUGCUGCAGGAGAUCUACGGCAUCGAGAAUAAGCUCGCGAACAAAUCGGUCACGGACGAGGAGACGGAAGAUAAUGGAAGCGAAUGUGUCAUCUGCAUGUGCGAUACACGCGAUACACUCAUACUGCCCUGCCGGCAUCUGUGCCUGUGCAACUCGUGUGCGGACUCGCUGCGCUACCAGGCUAACAAUUGCCCGAUCUGUAGGGCUCCGUUCCGUGCGCUGUUGCAAAUACGGGCCGUACAGAAGGACGGUGGUGGCGGUGGUCCAGCGUGUGGCGGAAGUGCACCGACGGCUCAGAAUUCUGCCGAUAGCGCUGAUAACAUUCCUGCCGGUUACAAGACCAUAUCACUGAUUGAAGCACUGAACGGGCCUACAGUUUCUGUGAAAGCGAUAAACGGUAGUAACGAUUCAACCGCUGGAACAGAAAAUGGCAGCGAGAAUAAUCGGAAUACCGAGAAUGGGUACGCAUUCCGCAACAAAAUGACCAAGUCUGGUACGGACCAUAGUAGCAAUGGUGAGCUCGCUAAUGGAAGUAUAGUUUCGGAAAAGUCAUCGUCUGACAUAAGGAUGCAUUUAUUAGCUUCGGAUGAAACGAACGCCAUUGCCGAAGCUGGCACGGGUGGAUCGAUCGCUGGUGGCAUAGCAAAUCCAGCUACCGUUUGCACCAAGAAGGAGCUGCUCUCCAAACAUUCACCCCUGAUGCAGCGUGCCCCGGUAAGCAAGGAUAAAAACCCGCGUGAAAAAGGUAGUCUCCACCGUACCGGAAAUAGUGGUGGCAACGCUAGCAAUGGGAACAGCUGUUUGAUUUUAGGGAAAACAAAAUCACCAUCCGAUCGGUCGAUUGGUUUCCAUCUGGUGCACGAAAAACCGACACCGAUUGCUGUCGGUAUCACCGGUGGGAAGAUGGCAGAUGCCAAACUGACCGAGCUAGCGGAAAACGAUGACGAUAGUGAGGCGGAGAAGCUGUCACCUUUGCUACGGAAAUCGGACAGCUACGAUGCUGGUAAAAAACUUUCCACACACGGGGACAGUGCAAUGAAGAAGCUGCUGAUUGGCGGAACCGGACCGGUCGGUGUGGAAGUGAACGAGAAAAGCUCACCCUCCGCUGUGAUAACGGAGCUGCUGAAGGGCGCCAUUAUUGGGAGUGAUGAUAUUGGAGGAGAUGGGAGCACGGAAGUGGCUCUGGUCGGUGGAACAAGGGGCACCGGUAUCGGCGGAGGAGUCGGUGCGGGCGGUGCUAUUAUAUCUAUCGUAACGGAUGACUCGGAGGAUUACUAUACGCCCGAAGAUCCUCCGGCAACGAGCCCACUAAAAUCGAUCGAUGAUGAUGAUGAACUGCCGAAGUUGGCCGAAAUUGACACGGGGCGAAAGUUGCUGGUGGGUACGGUAACAGCAGCACCGGGGUCGACCAUAGUUUCGGCACCACCUGCUGCACUGUCGGUGCUGAAGGAAGAGUUCUCGCAGGGUUCGCUGCCGGACAGUCCGAUCAGUGGCAACUCGCAAACAUCGACGCGCAGUUCGAGCGAUAGUUACUCGUCCAGUUCCAGCACACGCCAGCUGCUAUCGUCUGGCGCUGUUCAGAACGACACUCCCACACACGUGUUGAGCUCGUGUGAUUCUACCGCCAACGGGCAUAGCAGUGUUUCGAAGGUGGCCGAAUGUGGUAUCGAGAGUGAUUAAUGGAUGCCGAAUGGACGGAUGAUCGAACGAUACAGUGGUGCUUAAAAAUUAGGGAAAAGUAUGUUUCUUCGACAAAAUGUUGGAAACGUUGCCCGGAAGAACAGUCCCCCGCCGGGACUAUAUCACCAUCGUGCUUAAACGUUCCCACUAAUCAAUGUUUGCGGCAUUCUUCUCUUCGACAUUCGCAAUAUGAACGAGCAUCACAAUACACAAUUGUAUCGUAUCCGUUACAAACUCCCGCCCAAGUCUCCUUUUACAAGUCAUUAUGCAUUAUGGGCUGCUGUCGGUUUUUUUGUUCACUGCCGCGAUGGCCGCGCGAUCUGUGUUUAGUUUAAUUUUGAUGUCCCCAUUCUUUAUUCGACUGCUAAGUACUCUACCGGAACAAAUACACACGUAGCAUAACAUUAAAUGGUAAAUGUAAGUGUGAAACUUUGCGUAACAUGAUAAUAAAAAUGAUAUUUUCAUAUUUAAAUAGUCUGUA